AUUUGACUACCAAUGCAAGAUCAAGGCCUUUGUAGUUGGAUUUAACCGUUAAAGAAAUAAAACUGAUAUAUUUCCAAAUGAUUUCUAAAGUUUAGUAUUUAAACAUGUUUUCUUAUUGGGGAAAAAAACGAAAAAGUGCGAAGAAAUGCAUACUAAAGACCCAGAUUCAAAUGCUAUAUUUAUUGAACAAUCGGUUAAUGUUAAGGAUCUUUGUCAAGGAGCGGAACAAAAUCCAAUACAAAGUGUAAAUGCUAAAUCAUUGUCACCGUCUUCAGACGAUCGGCUUGCGGAAUUUCAAGAAUUUUUAAGACGUGUCCAAACACUGCAGAUGUCACCAUGUCACCCAACCCAAAAUCAAGAACUGUCUGAAAAGAAUUCUUUAGGAAUCCCGACAAUCGAAGUCGGUGUAGAGCCAACAUCAUUAAUGGAGUUUGACGAAAGCAAUACUCUUCCACUAAUCAGCAAUACAGAUACUAAGCGAAGUGUUCCAAAACAACGAAUAUUCGCGUUACCGUUGGUAUAGAUAAGGAUUUGGAAAUGAUUCUUGAAAUGGAUCCAAGUAUUGUAGACUUGGGUGAUGAAAUUGUUGGAGUUAGAGAAACCACAGAUACCCGAGUUGUCGGAUUGCCACCACUAACGGGUGGACCAACUUUUAAAACCGCAACACCCACGUCUCGUACUCAACUUAAGCUGCAGCUCCAACGCGAACAACAGCAAGAACAGCAGAUGUUAAUGCAUCAACAGCAGGAUGCAGUAAUCCAAAACAACGCGCUCCAAAGUAUGGCCAACGAUUGCAUGGAAUCUGAAGUUAUUGAUAGCACUGGCACCAGUGCAUGUGGCAGUGGAUCAUCAAGCUUUGAACAAUCACAAUUAAAUCAUAAAGAUCGAUUACCUGUCUCCAGUCCAGUUACUCUCAAAGUGCCCUUGCAAAGCAUUGGUGUCGAUGUUCCUCCUCAAGUGCUACAGGUUAGUACGGUGCUUGAGAAUCCAACUAGGUACCAUGUCAUUCAAAACAAAAAAUCAAGUGAGGCAAUAUCUUAGCGAAUCGUUCAAACCAUCGGCGUGGAGUUGCCAACAUUUUGAA